UAAUAGGUAAUACACCAUGAGCGGUUAGAGAAAGAAAGUUCUCCGUUUUCAAGAACUCCUACAGAGAAGCAAGAGUCCCCCAUCUCUGGCAACGAAAAAAGAAGAAAUUUUUCUCUUGCAUUAUGAGCUCUCGCUCUCUCCUCAUCUCCAGUCUGCGUAAUUCUUCAGGACCCAGAACGAUCAUCGGAUUCUUCAUCUCGCUUUAACCGGGGUUAGUUUUGCGGUUGAAGGGAAAUAUUUGUUCUAAAAUAUUAAACAUGAGCCAAAGAAUGCCUUAUACGAGUCAGACCGUUGACUUGCAAACGGAACGAGGAGUCUUAAACUAUGCACAUCCCGAACCCCCCAUUCUCAUAGGGGGUGCCUGGCAAUCUAACAUGCACUCUGCCGCAGCUUCAGGGGUCAGAAGUAGCAUAAAUCUCAAUCAGUCAGCGGAAGGACAUGACAGUUCUGCGUUGUAUCAUAUGGUGCCAUAUGAUGGUGUUCAAAAUCAUGCCGCAAGAUUUGAUAUGGGCGCUUCAAUGUCUUCGAUUGUCUAUUAUCCAUAUCUAGCCCCUGUAGCUGUUCCCAGAGUAUCUGCUGUUCCCAUGACUUAUGGGUCAUCUGAACAGCUGAUAUCCUUCAGCAAUUCUGGGUUCAUCGGAUGUUCAUCCGAUGAGUAUGGAAGGAGCCACUAUAAGGAUCAUUUAGGAGGUUCAUACAAGAGAAAAAAUGCCGAAAGCACGAGCACUUCUCUUACUGCACCUGUAAAUAUGAGGACUGAUGGUGGGACCAUCAUGGAUCCUCCACCUCACGCACUGCCUGGGUAUAGAGAAAAUGAUGGUCCUUCAGUCAUGGACGAUGGAGUCGACAGGAGUGCGAGAGUUAGAUCACGUGCUCUCGGGAUAAACUCUAUUUAUCCACAUAAUGGUAGCAAUAUGAUGCCAGGAAGUUUUGUUGCACGGUCUAUUCAGCCAGUGGGUGCUUUUUCAUUUGACCAACCGUCGAGAAGUAAUGCCGUUGCUGGAGGUGUUGUGGCUUGGAAUCAGGGCCCUGUAAUUCCUUUUUUGCAUGCAGGCACUGUGGAUGGAAUUCCUGUAGAAGUUGGCAACAUGGGUGUGCGAGGAUCUCACGAGACAGACAGAGAAAGAAGGGCGCCGAAUUUCCUGCAUCCUUCACACUUUGGCCACAUGGGCUAUAAUAACAUUCAUCACCAAGUGCCUCAUGUGCAUGGAAUCAGAGACCAUAGUGCCCCAUUUGGCCCUCAAGUUCCAGCAGCUUCAUUUCCAGUUCCACACGGUGCCAUGAACAUCCCUGUAGAUGGUGUUAGGGGCCCUAGACAUGUGGGAUCUUUUGUAUCCCCCGGAUUCAGGAUGUACCAACCUCUUGUCGAGGGAAUAGCUCCUGAGACGAACCCGAUACAUUGCAAUGUUCCCCAGCCGAGAAUUUUGCCAGCUGAUGAAGUUGCAAUACUGGAUCUUCCUGAUUACUACAGAGUGGGGAAUCACAUUGACCAUCACAGGGACAUGCGCAUGGAUAUAGAGGACAUGUCUUAUGAGGAUCUCCUUGCAUUGGGGGAGCGGAUUGGCAGUGUAAAUACUGGGUUGUCUGAGGAAACAAUAAACAGUCAUCUAAAAACAAGAAGACAUAUGUUGCCUUCAAUCUCUAUUAAUCUAGAAGAGGUGCCGAGCUUGGAGAAGGAAGCAGCUUCUUGCAUCAUAUGCCAGGAUGCUUAUGAGCACGAAGAUCAAAUAGGCACUCUCAAUUGUGGGCACGAGUAUCAUGCUGAUUGCUUGAAGAAGUGGCUCCUCGUGAAGAAUGUUUGCCCGGUAUGCAAAUCCGAAGGGCUGCCCACGGCGAGAAUGGGAUUGUAGGGUGGAUGGGUGACAUCCAUAUCGCCAUGCAAGUUUCAUGUGAAACUUGCCAUUUUAUUCCCCUCCAUGAGAGAGGAAAAGUACUAAUUCAUGAUUCGGAAGUCGGACGUGUAAUUCAUUUGUGUACUUGUAGAUAUUUUGCUAACAAUAUUUGUUGUGCUGCGGAUGAUCUAGCAAUCCCGUCCCCGGGGUUUCCCAAACUAAUUUUUUGCAUCCUCUUAUUGGAUGCGUUCUGUUAAUGACUUGUACAUACUUGGAUAAUGUGUAUCGUGUUUUUUGCGUUUAUGUUCGUGGAUGGUGUUUUCAAGAUA